AUGGGUACAAUUAUACGACAGUUAUUAUCACCACUCUUCUUCACUUACAUACGAAGAGAAAGCGAAAGAUUAAUAUACGGACCAGAAAGUAUGAUCACCACAAUAAUUGCCCUUUUCAUCAUUGCUUAUUUCGUGAGAUCGAUUCUCAGCGAUAUGAGGACCAACCCAUUAUCAUCAACCCAAAACGAGCCGCCUGUGCAGACAAAAUUUACACCAAAAACAUUGUGCAAGUUUAAUGGCUCCACUGACCCCAAGGUGUUUAUUGGCAUUCAAGGAACGGUAUACGACGUUAGUACGGGAAAGGCCUUCUAUGGACCUGGUGGUCCAUAUGAGAACUUUGCUGGCAGAGACGCAUCAAGAGGCUUGGCUCUCAACUCCUUUGACCCUUCUGUGUUGACUCCUAUUGAUAAGCCAAUAGACACCUUGGAGGACUUGACACAAGAGGAGAAAGAGUCGCUAGAAAACUGGAAGAACCAUUUCGAGAACAAGUAUAAAGUUGUGGGCACCUUGCACAACCCAGAAGACUUGGAGAAAGCUUAA